AUGACGGACUAUUUUCAAGAAAUGGGAUGGCGGGAACUUCAAGAUGGGGAACAGCCUGACCACUUUCUUCACUUGGCAAGACUUUUGAUGGAUUACAAUAUUUAUGACGAUAAUUUUACAGGAGAAUGGCCAAGAUUACCUCCUCCUGCAUCAAAAGAAAUUGUAAAUAAAUUACCUGAUAUUUCUAUAGAUACAACUGACAAAAAUUGCCCAAUAUGCCUGAAGACCUUUGAAAUAGGUGAGAAGGCUAAAAAGAUGCCUUGUGAACACAUAUUUCAUCCAGUGUGUAUAUUAACAUGGUUGGAAAAGACAAAUUCCUGUCCAUUUUGUCGACAUGAAUUGCCUACUGAUGAUGAAACAUAUGAAGCUUUUAAAAAGGAAAAGAAAAGAGCUGUACAGAGAAAAGAAGAUUUAGAAGUUCUGCAUAAUUCUAUGUUUAGCUGA